AUACAUAUAUACAUAAAUACUAACGUAAAAUUUUUAAUACAUAUACACAUGUACAAUUUGACAUAUAUGGUGUAUAUGUGUUGGUUAUUAUUAGUCAUUAUUAGAUUUUAGUCACUCUAGAUAUUAUUAAAUUAUAAAAAAAAAUAUAUAUUAUUAUUAUUUGUUAAAAAGAAAUGGCUUCCUUGGUAGCAGAUUAUGGAUCCUCUUCUGGUUCAGAUAAUGAAUCUGACAAUGUUUCUGAGAAUGGUGAUAGCAUUUCAAAGGAGAAGGAAGAGGAUUCGGACAGUGAUAAUGACGAGGGCUAUAAUGAAAAUAAAUUACAAUAUGAAAAACUUCCAUUACCAACGCCUGAUUUUAAUGGCACAACCACCAUGAAGACUUCUGUUUUUUCAAAUCCAUUUGUCGAAGCUGAAAAAGCAAAAAGUGCAAUUCUUGAGAAACACGUGAAAAUGACACCAACAAUGGACGAUACAAAAAUGAUAAAUGGAAGAAAAAUAUGUUGGAAUUAUCGUAAAGGUAGAUGUCGAUUUGGUCACAAUUGUACAUUUGCACAUGAUUCAGAUUUACAUCGUACUGCAUCUGAAUUAGAGGCAAUGCGUGCACCACAAGAGACAAUUAUUUGUCAAACAUCAUAUAAUGGACAAAUUAGUAUGAUUGAUGAAGAUGAAAUUGAUCAAGAGAAUAAACAAACGAUAAAACGAAAGAAACGACCAGGAUUAAGUCAAACACUUGUUCCUGGAAAGAAGGUUUUAAAAAUGUAUAAAGCACAACAAGCAAAGGUAGUUGGUAGAUAAAUUCAACGUCUUUUAUAAAAAAAAAUAGUUCCCAAAGAAUUUUUCGUUUCAAAUUUAAGAAUUUAGUUUCUUUUUUUUUUUUACUUCAAUGAAUUUUAUUGAUUUCUUUGUAUGGGUACUAAAAAUAAUGGAUACCAAUUUGUCUCAAAUAGAAGAAAAUUCCGCGUUUAUAGCUUCCAAUUAAAUAUAGAUUAGCAAAAUGUU